UGGUGUUUCCUUUCUAUGCGUCUAAAGGCCACAGCAAAGCACACAUAAUAUAAAAAAUAUUUUUCAUGAUUGUUAUUGUCUCUCUGGGUCCACUCUCUCUGAGGCGACUCAAUUAGAAGUGCCCAGUCGUAGGAACCCUAGAGGUGAGGCGAGCUCCUGACAUCCUACUUCGGGAAAGGGAGGAGGGGUCCUAAGGUUUGGGUCCUGAGGUUUAGGUCCUUCCGGAGGGUGACAUUCAGCCGAGAGCCCGCGGCCUGGACUGAGGCACUGUCUUGACCAGUCGUAUUCUCUGCUCGCUCCUGCCAUGGCCCAGAUGAUCCGCAACGCCAUCGAGAAGGCUCCGAUCCUCAUAAGCGCUGCUGCAACUUAUUCGAAGCCUCGGUUGGCCACAUUUUGGCAGUAUGCCAAGGUUGAGCUGGUUCCUCCAACUCCAGCUGAGAUCCCUAAAGCCAUUGAGAAUUUGAAAAAAAUAAUCACAUCAGCUCGAACUGGUAGUUUCAGAAAUCUCACAGUUAAGGAAGCUCUGCUAAAUAGUUUGGUGGCCACUGAAGUGUGCAUGUGGUUUUACGUUGGCGAGAUCAUAGGCAAGGGUGGCAUCAUUGGAUAUAAUGUUUGAAGACCAACUCUUAGCAUCUGAGUGUUUAAUUUAUCCUUUGUAUCAUGGAAUAGAUAUGCAUAGACUUCUAAAUAAAACAAGGAAAUAAUAUGGA